AUGGGAGAGGAAGGCAUUGGCGUGUUGUGGAUGCUGAUGGGGAAGGUGAUGGAUGAGGAGAAUAUCCCGACAGUAUGGAAAGAAAGUAUAUUAAUACCGAUUUUCAAAGAGAAAGGAGAUGUCCAAAAUUGUGAAAAUUAUAGAGGCAUAAAACUAAUGUCACAUACUUUGAAACUAUUAGAAAGAAUAAUAGAUGGCCGAAUAAGACGGGAAGCGUUUAUUGGAAGACAACAACUGGGCUUCAUGAAAGGAGUAGGAACGGUGGACGGGAUAUUCUGCCUUACACAAACAAUGGAAAAGUAUCGAGAAAAGCAAAAAGUGUAA